AUGCCUUCCAAAUCCUCCAAGUCCACCAGCUCCAGCUCCGGCUGCCGCUGCCGCUGCUUCUCCCUCAAGACCCUCAGCUAUCUCGCCAUUUUCCUGGCUCUGUUCUCCGCCGUCUACCGAUACCUCGAUGCGCGCCUUGAGCAAUUCUACAUCUUCGACCCAGAGCACCUGCACGAUGUGUCUCAGCGCGCCAUCAGCGCCCACGGCGAGGACACCCGCUCCAUCGUCAACUUCAUUGUCGCCGAGCUGGAGCAGAAGGUCGGCCCCAACUACCUGAGCACCCAGGAGGAGUGGGUAUUCAACAACGCCGGCGGCGCCAUGGGUGCCAUGUACGUGAUUCACGCCAGUAUCACCGAGUACCUGAUCAUCUUCGGUACCGCCAUCGGAACUGAAGGCCACACUGGUCGUCACACCGCUGACGACUACUUCAACAUCCUCCAGGGUACCCAGCUCGCCUAUGUCCCCGGCGAGUUCAAGCCCGAGGUCUACCCCGCCGGCAGCGUGCACCACCUGGUCCGCGGCGAGGUCAAGCAGUACAAGAUGGAUGAGUCUUGCUUCGCGUUGGAAUACGCCCGUGGCUGGAUCCCUCCCAUGCUCUUCUUCGGUUACGCCGAUACCUUCUCCAGCACCCUGGACUUCCCGACCUUGUGGGCUACCUCGCGCAUCACUGCCCGUGAGAUGGUCGGCAACUUGUUGCAGUACAAGCUGUAA